AUGGAAGACUGUAAACCUGCAAGAACACCAUUUAAUACGGGAAUAAAACUAUCAAAAGAAAUGUGUGCAACCGAAGAAGAAAAAUCAGAAUUUGAAAAGAUACCGUAUCAAAAUCUGGUGGGAUCCCUUAUGUAUUUAGCAGUUUCAACGAGGCCUGAUAUCGCUCAUAUAGUGAGUGUACUUAGCCAAUACAAUACUAACUACGGUAAAGAACAUUGGAUAGCUGCUAAAAGAGUUUUACGUUACUUGAAAGGUACUCCAAAUAUUGGCCUACAUUACAAAAGAACAAAUGAGCAAUUAACUGGCUAUGCCGAUGCAGACUGGGGUGCUAAUAUAGACGACAGAAGAUAUACGGGUUAUAUCUUCAAAUAA